GGGAAAAGGUUUCAGUUGUGUAGGAAGACACUGGAGGAGUUUGGCAAUGAUUGAUGGGAAAGAUACGAAUGAAUAAAAGUACUUGUGGAUUGCGAGCACGGACCCAGCAAGUUGUGGAUGUUGCCUGUCUGGCAUCAUCUGAGUCAUUUCGUCAGAGCCAGACCCGCCUGCAACUCCAGAGGGGCGUGCUUAACCCCAUGUGCAGCCAGGAGCAGAGCGGAGAGCUGAAUGUGCUUUUCAGAGCUGGGAUCAUCCAUCUACAGGCAUAAGCACCAGCCCCCGCCCGCUGGAAGGAGAGCCCGAUAUUUUGUUCCUGGACGAUCCACAAGGCUCCCGAAGCCAAGCCUCAGAGAAGUGUCCUGGGAUUUCUACUCUCCUUUGGAACAGAGCAGCAUCAUGCCGCCGCAUCGCAGCCUCUGCAGUAUCCCCCGGCUGCUGCUUUUCCUCGCCUGCUGCACUUCUGGGGUCUGGGGGGAGGAGAACGAUCUCCUCUCCGCCCGGGACACCUUGCCACCGCCGGAGGCCGGGGAGGUGAUGACCCCGACGGCCAGAGCCGCCUGGCCCAAGGCGGCCAACGCCAGCCAGCCUCUUCCGUCCGUCCCGCACGGGCGGUCCCGAGGCCCCCCUCCCACCAUGUGCUCAGGCCAGACGGAGAUCAAGGAGACUUUCAAAUACAUCAAUACUGUGGUGUCCUGCCUGGUGUUUGUGCUAGGCAUCAUCGGGAAUUCCACCUUGUUAAGAAUCAUCUACAAGAACAAGUGCAUGAGGAAUGGCCCCAACAUCCUCAUCGCUAGCCUCGCCUUGGGCGACCUCCUGCAUAUCAUCACUGACAUCCCCAUUAAUGUCUACAAGCUGCUUGCAGAGGACUGGCCCUUUGGAGUUGAAAUGUGCAAGCUGGUCCCUUUCAUUCAGAAGGCCUCUGUGGGCAUCACGGUACUCAGCUUAUGUGCUCUAAGUAUCGACAGGUAUCGAGCUGUUGCUUCCUGGAGCCGAAUUAAAGGGAUUGGAGUGCCGAAAUGGACUGCGGUGGAAAUUGUUUUAAUUUGGAUCAUUUCUGUUGUUCUGGCUGUCCCGGAAGCUAUUGGUUUUGAUAUGAUUGCUAUGGACUACAAAGGAAAGUACCUUCGAAUCUGCUUGCUUCAUCCUACUCAGAAAACUUCCUUUAUGCAGUUCUAUAAGACAGUUAAAGAUUGGUGGCUGUUUAGUUUUUAUUUCUGCUUGCCUUUGGCCAUCACUGCAUUUUUCUAUACUUUGAUGACCUGUGAAAUGUUGAGGAAGAAAAGUGGUAUGCAAAUCGCUUUGAAUGACCACUUAAAGCAGAGACGUGAAGUAGCCAAAACAGUUUUUUGCCUGGUGCUGGUGUUCGCCCUGUGCUGGCUUCCCCUUCACCUCAGCAGGAUUCUGAAGCUCACUAUCUAUGAUCAAAGCGAUCCCAAUAGAUGUGAACUGCUGAGCUUUUUGUUGGUCCUGGACUACAUCGGUAUCAACAUGGCUUCAUUGAAUUCCUGUAUUAAUCCAAUAGCUCUGUAUUUGGUGAGCAAAAGAUUCAAAAACUGCUUUAAGUCAUGCUUGUGUUGCUGGUGCCAAUCUUUUGAGGAAAAACAAUCCCUGGAGGAAAAGCAGUCCUGCUUAAAGUUCAAAGCAAAUGAUCAUGGAUAUGACAACUUCCGCUCCAGUAAUAAAUACAGCUCAUCGUGAAACAAGAAUGGGGGGAGUCACUGAGCUGCCAUUCCUUCAUUUUGGACAGAAUUGUUAUGAUGAAGACAGUGGGGCAUUUGGAGUAAUGGUUUUGUGUUUGCACAAAAAAACUGGUGAGAAAGUGAUUGUUUUUUUUUUUAACACUAAUAAUUCUUCAUGGUAUUCUAGGUUGUUUACAUGAAGGAAAGUAGGGAGAAGAGAAAGAGCACCUCAUUGUCAUAGCACUUAAAAUCUUUGAAGUUAGCACUUCGGUGUAGCUCUAAAUAACUUCCUGUAGAUUAAUAUGUCAUUUCUAUUCAGUAUGAAUUCACACAGAGUUUUCAGUAAAGAGGCUGUUUUCUAAUUGAUGUGAAUCCAACAUAGGAUACAAAAGAACAGACUUAUCUGCAUAGGGCAGAUGUAUAAAGUGAUUCAAUUAGGGCUUUUUAAAAAAAAUCCUAAAAAGAAAAAUAAAUGUGUAUUUCUUUGUUUUUUAUCACAAGUGUUACACUACUGGCUAGACAUAUUAUUACUAGAUACAGAAGGUGAAAGUAUGUGAAAAUGAGCUUUUCUGGUUUCUUUUGUUCAAGAUUAAAAGAAUACUUGAAUAAUCCCAAGGGAGGCUCAGAAAAUGCCAUCUAAAAUACAUUCAAUGACCAAAAUACAUUCAACACCUUAAAAAGAGCCGAAGGAAUCAAAUGUAGCAAAGAUAAAGAGGGAAGAUUUGGCUUAUUGUUCGAAUUGAGUUCUUUUAGAAUGCUUACAUGCUUAGUAUUCUCUUUAAAGAAAAAAAAAAACUACCUAAGUUUCUUGCCAACAUGAUUAUGGUUGUUUUCAGAAGAUUCUUACACUUUCAUAGCUGUCAUUUAAGGCUACUUUUGAUUAAUCUGAGCUUCUGUAAAUAUUUAAGCUACAUGUUGACUACUUACCUAAGGGCAGGUCCCAGUCUACGUCUCCUUAAACAAGAGAGAUACCAGUAGCAACCAUAAGGUGGAUUGCCUGGAGAAGCAUAUAUAGGGCAAGUGAGAAGGCCCCAUGCCCUACACAGUCCCUUUAAUACUCUAAGUAAUUCAUAGGUAAAUAAUAUAUAAAUAAAAUACUAAGAUUAUUCUAAAAUGGCUUUAAAACUCUAAUCAGUCAAUUAUUAACUUUCUCCCCACAGGGCAACUAGAGACCUUCAUAUAUUUAUUCCCAUUUUUCCUUAAAUUUUAGCCAUCAGAAAAAAUACAUAUAUAAUAAUAUUAUGCUUUACUAUCAUGACAGACAAAAAUACUUCUAAAAACUAUGAAAUAUGAGACUUUUUAAAUUCUCCUCAAAUAUUUUAUCUCCUUUGCAAAGUGCCUUAAUUAUGAACAGGAUUAAUUUAAUAUAUCCACAUGAGCAAAAGGAAAGGAGAAAGGGAAAGAAAAAGGAAAUUAGGUGGGAUCAAAGGAAAACUGAAAGAUACAGCUUUCCACUCAAUCAGAAGUUGUCAUUCUGUGGAUGCAAAUACAGAAGAUCCUAACUCAAAUUCAGCAUAGCAAAAAUUGUAAUGGUACAGGAACGAAUUGGACCCAAGAGCUUUGCCUUUUACUCCUAAAAUAUCACAGAAUUUUUUUUUUGGUAACCAGGACCACAUGUAGGAAAUAAGCUACUAAUGUAGUUUCCUGCCAGCUUCUAAACUGAAGAUAAACUAAACCAAAAACUGACAUUAUGGCCAAGAAGAAAUGACAGUAACUCCGUGUGGAUAAUUCACAUGCCAUGUGCAUACUAUUUAUAAAUUACACAAUGGGUCCUAUCUAUUAAUUUUCAUAGCCACUGCCUUGAACUCCUAUCAUCAUAAAAAUAUUUUCAGUGCCUUAAAAGGGGGAAACAUUGAAUUCUAAAUUAGCUAUUGGUCAGUGUUAUUUUCAAAGUUUCAUUAUCUAUUUUUGUUUCUAUUUAAGUUACAGCUGUAGUGUUUUACUGCUAUGUAACCCAUUUUCAUUUCUCUGCACUAAUUCCUUGCUAAGUCAACCAUCCUUGGGCAUGGCUACAUUCUCAUGCCUUAUGACUUAAACUUCAUUGCAUGAGAAUUUUGCCAAACCUGGAAAUUGCACACACAAAGAGCAUAUGCACUGUUUUUUUUAAAAAGUAAUCAUGUUCAGGGGCAGCUAGGUGGCGCAGUGGAUAGAGCACCAGCCCUGGAUUCAGGAGUACCUGAGUUCAAAUCCAGCUUCAGACAGUUGACACUUACUAGCUGUGUGACCCUGGGCAAGUCACUUAACCCCAAUUGCCUUACUAAAAAAAAAAAAAAGUAAUCAUGUUCAAUAACUUCUGAAAAUGCUAUUUUGAUAUUUUCAAAGUAAUAAUAAAGGCUGGGGAAAAAACAUUUAUGUUUUCUUGGUAUUACUGAAGCCAAGCUCAGAAAGGUGCUACUUGAACCAUGUAAUAAUGACCAAAUUAUGUUUAAGCUAAAAACUUUCAUCCCCCAGCAUCAAGAACUAUGUAAUAUAGUAGUGGCCCCAAAGAGUUGCAUUUAUACUGUAGCUUACAGAUUUUAAAUAUUUCUAAUCUUCGUCAUGUCCUGCUAAUAUGUCAGUAUUACUUAAUUUGAGGCUCAUUCCCUGCUGAGUAUUGCCAGAUUGUGUGUCUAAAAGCAUUCAAUCCAUGACUUAGUAAGGGGACUUUGUAGCUAACUGAAAAUAAACAAACAUUUUCUUUAUAAAGUUGUAUAGAACCAUGUAAAAUAACUAUAUAUAUAUAUAUAUAUAUAUAUAUACAUAUAGCAAUAUAUAUUUUGCUUUCUGUGGUCACUUAAAGUGGCAACUACUGUAGUUGCUGAGUGUUUAUUUGCUAGGUAAACAAAAUGAAAUUAUCAAUAAAAUUAUUUUUAAUUGUUUAAA